AGCGGGCCCAGGCCCGGCCCGGCCCCAGCGCCGAGUCCCGCGGGCCCGGCGCACCCCGGGCCUGCACAGUUAUUUGUGAAUGCACUUAGCUGAAUAUGGAUCCAGGUGGCGGAAGUUUGGGAUUGCAAACACAAGAAUCCAAAAUGCCUCACACUAUGAUUAUGCAGGAUUUUGUGGCUGGAAUGGCUGGCACUGCCCACAUCGAUGGAGACCACAUUGUGGUGUCCGUGCCCGAAGCUGUCCUGGUGUCCGAUGUCGUCACGGAUGACGGGAUCACUCUGGAUCACGGCCUGGCAGCCGAGGUUGUCCAGGGGCCCGACAUCAUCACGGAAACCGACGUUGUCACGGAGGGGGUCAUCGUGCCCGACUCCGUGCUGGAGGCUGACGUGGCCAUCGAAGAGGCUUUGGACACCACUGACCACGUGUUGACCUCUGACCUAAUCACGGAAACCGUCAGAGUGCCCGACCAGGUGUUCGUGGCCGACCUGGUCACGGGUCCCGAGGGACACUUGGAGCACGUGGUGCAGGACUCGGUGUCCGGAGCCACCUCCCCGACCAUGGUGUCGGAGGAGGUCCUGGUGACGAACUCGGACUCGGAAGCGGUCAUCCAGGCAGCUGGGACUGUGCCUGGCUCCACAGUGACCAUCAAAACAGAGGAUGACGAUGAUGGCAAGAGCACAUCUGAAGACUACUUAAUGAUCUCUUUGGAUGAUGUUGGGGAGAAGUUGGACCACAUAGGAAGCACUCCCUUGAAGAUCAGCACCGAGGUGGCAAACGAUGACGUUGCCAAAGAUGAUGGGUUUGGCUCGGAAGUUAUCAAAGUGUACAUAUUUAAAGCUGAAGCUGAAGAUGAUGUUGAAAUAGGGGGGACAGAAAUUGUCACUGAGAGUGACUUUCACAAUGGCCAUUCUGUAGCUGGAGUGAUUGAACAAGGAGGUGUUGGGAGAAUGCAGCGAGAAAAAAUGGUUUACAUGGCUGUUAAGGACUCAUCUCAGGAAGAUGAAGAUAUUAGCUGUGCUGAAAUAGCAGAUGAAGUUUAUAUGGAAGUUAUUGUAGGUGAAGAAGAAGCUACAUCCCUUCCAGACACCCAGCUCGAGGACUCUGGCGUGAAUAAAACGUUUGUCCCUGUUGCUUGGGCUGCUGCUUACGGAGAUGAAAGAAGGCUUCCCCGAAGAUACGAAGAUGGUCAAGCGGCAGGAAAUAACUUGGAUACACGAUUAGAAAACAAAAACGGUAAUGCAACACAGUACCUGCAGAUUUGUGAUAGCAUUGGCACUAAUAGAGUGCUCAAACAAAAAGCCAAGAAAAGGAGGAGAGGAGAGGCCAGGCAAUGGCAAACAGCUGUUAUAAUAGGUCCUGAUGGACAGCCCCUAACAGUUUACCCUUGUCAUAUUUGUGGGAAAAAAUUUAAAUCCAGAGGAUUCUUGAAAAGGCAUAUGAAGAACCAUCCUGAUCAUAUGAUUAAGAAGAAGUACCAGUGUACAGACUGUGACUUUACAACCAACAAAAAAGUAAGUUUCCACAAUCAUCUGGAAAGCCAUAAACUUAUAAAUAAGGUUGAUAAAACUCAUGAGUUUACAGAGUACACGAGAAGAUACAGAGAAGCGAGCCCCUUGAGUUCCAACAAACUCAUCCUGAGGGACAAGGAGCCCAAGCUACACAAGUGCAAAUAUUGUGACUAUGAGACUGCAGAGCAGGGACUACUCAACAGACAUCUGCUGGCAGUCCAUAGCAAGAACUUCCCUCACGUGUGCGUGGAGUGCGGGAAGGGAUUCCGCCACCCCUCGGAGCUGAAAAAGCACAUGAGGACCCACACGGGGGAAAAGCCAUACCAGUGUCAGCACUGUGUGUUCAGGUGUGCUGACCAGUCCAACCUGAAAACUCACAUCAAAACCAAACACGGCACUGACCUGCCCUUUAAGUGUGAGCACUGUCCCCAGGCCUUCGCCGAGGAGAAGGAGCUGCAGCAGCACAUGGAGUUGUUCCAAGGGCACAAGACUCACCAGUGUCCCCACUGUGACCACAAGAGCACCAAUUCCAGUGACCUGAAGCGACACAUUAUCUCGGUUCACACAAAGGACUUCCCCCACAAGUGUGAGGUGUGCGAGAAGGGCUUCCACCGGCCCUCGGAGCUCAAAAAGCAUAGCGAGACCCACAAAGGGAAAAAGAUCCACCAGUGCAGGCACUGUGACUUCAAAACCUCAGAUCCUUUUGUACUUAGCGGGCACAUCCUCUCAGUUCACACCAAGGACCUGCCUUUUAAAUGCAAACGGUGUAAAAGAGGCUUUAGGCAGCAGAACGAACUGAAGAAGCACAUGAAGACCCACAGUGGGAGGAAGGUGUACCAGUGCCAGUAUUGUGAGUACAGCACCACGGACGCGUCGGGCUUCAAGCGGCACGUCAUCUCCAUCCACACCAAGGACUACCCCCACAGGUGUGAGUAUUGCAAAAAGGGCUUCCGCAGGCCCUCCGAGAAAAAUCAGCACAUCAUGAGGCACCACAAGGAGGCCAUAAUGUGACAGAGGAGCUGCAGGAGGAGGCGGUGUAGAAACUGUGAUAAUGCUAAUUGGGGAAAAAAAUAAAUCUCACGAACUGUUUCUCCUGGUUUCAAAGCUUGAUAUUAAACCAUAACUUUACAUUCUUUGUAUUAAAAGUCUUAAAAGUAUUAGGGUUGGCAGGGGAUCUCAUAGCCCUAUGAUUGUUGCUUAUCAGAACCUAAAGAGCACUAUAGAAUGGAGAGGUUGGAUGAAUGUCUUAAAGUUGCAGGAAGAUGGAUGAAUGUCUUCAGGUGAAUAGUAUUUCCCAUGGCUAAGUACAGAAGACAGAGCAGAGCUGAUUGUGUGACCCAUUUUGUCAGUAACAUUUGUCUCCAAUAUGAAAACAGUUCGGAGUCGUGGUGGGGUGAGUUACAAAAGGUUUGCAAAGGAGCCCAGUCUUCACUUCUUUUGCAGUUUUGAACGGGGGGGUUUUAGUCAGUCACUUCAUCCCAACGUUUUAAUUGUGCCUAGAAAUUGAAUUUCAGAACUGCUCAAAGUUGGGGGGGGGGUUGUCCCUUGUUUGGUUUGAUUUUUUUUUUAUUUUUUUUUUGAACAUUUCAUCAGGAAACUUUUUGGUUUCCUUUAUUAGUUUAGGUCCAAGAAGCAUUUUUUUACUGGUUUUCAAAGCUGCUAACCUAUUUUAUUGCAGGAUUUGAUGUUUGAAAUAGAGCACUAUGUUAUGGUCUCAGAGGUGGUGUUCUGGUGCUAGGGUUAAAGAUAUAUAUGUACAUAAUUUCCCUUUUUUUAUCUGAAACUACAGUUGAAUGUUGUUCAGUAUGGCACAUAUAACAAAAUUAACUUUGAAUUUGACUUUUUUUUUAAGGAUAAAAUGGAUGCAGCUCAUAGUGUUGUGACAACACUAGUUUUUCUUCUCGCUACUUUAAAAAUCUUCUUUAAAAAAGAAUAUUAAAAACAGUUGAAAACUGUAGAGUUGUUUUUUUUUUUAAUUAAAAUUCAAAGUACUUAGAAGUUCUUUAGGACAGUGUUCUUAACAGGUAUGACAGUUACUGUCCUACCUCCUAAUAGGAAAUUUUCCAUAUAGACAUAAAAUUGCACCUUUCAGUGGAUUCUUUUAAAAAAAAAAAAAAGAUCUAUACCAUGCUAUAAACAUGCAUUUUCAAUCUGUAAGAAAGUAUAUAUGCAGUAUUUAACCAGAAAAAUCUGCUGCCACUAGAGUUUGGAGGUGGAUCUUGAGUUUACAGUGUAUACAUUUAAAAUAUGCAUCCCUUUACAAUGCUUUGUGUUAGCAUGCUGCAGAUCCAAUGGCGCUUAUAUAACGAGCUGGUCUAGGGCUAUUUAAUGAAAAACCUGGUCAUAAAUGUUAUGCAUAUAAUGUGUAUUUUUUACUUUUUUAGUUGCUUCAUGUUUGCACACAGCUGUUCACAUGAGAAAUUGUAACUUCAUGCUAUAUUGUGGCUUUGUGUUCCAGAUAAUGUUCAUAUUUUGGUUUUGUUUUUGCACCAGAUGAGAAUCAGUUCCUUGAGAAUAAAUUUUUUUUAUAUUUCUAAACUUCAGAAAGUUAAAUUUGGGAAAUCUCUUAGACAAAUACGUGUUUUAUGUGGCUAUAAAAAAUGAUGUACACGCUGUAAAAUAAGAUUGUCACUGUUCUGUGGGAUUAUUAUUUCUAAAUGUGUUACUCAUCGUAACGGGCAUACAAUAAAACGCAUCUCUUGCACUCCAAAGUUUUUGGAGUUUGCUUUUCAUUUAUGGUGUUUAGGAAAGUCUCAUUCUGUGGAAACUUACCUGAUAUUUUUAAUUGCAUUAUUCACUGAUUAGUAUGUAAUAACAUUGAACCAGAAGCAGGUUACUGGAGGUAUAUUUGUCAGACUGUCGAGGGGAGAGCUUUGGCUUUGAUUUGACUAACCCUUUAAACUUACAGGUAAUGUGCUUAUUUUGUUUAUUUCUAAAAUUAUUCUCAAAUGUGAUACUGACAUUCCUUUGACAUUAUUUUUCCUUUAAGAGAACAUAAAACUUCUCAUGUGUUUUGGGAAAACUCAGGUAGGUGGUUUUUUUCCUUUUUGUCUGUGUAAUAAGAACAGCUUGCAGAGUGAAAUACUAAAAAUGCUGCUAUCCUAAAUUCCCUCUCUUUUUAGGAUACUUGAAUUACAACAUCAGUAGUAGAUUAAAAACUUGAAGAAGGAAGUGUGAUUUUAAAUGAACAGUUGACCAAGGAUUUCCAACAGGCUUCGAGCCACUGAACUCGUAGGUUUUGCACCAAAAAGGAGAAAUUAAGCAGGCAGAAUGUAUUUAUCUUCUUGUUGCUGCUGCUUUGCUUUGCAGUCAGAGGUAGCAUUCAAAAAAAAAGUUGUGCUUUUCUGACCACGUUAAUGCUUUGUUCCCAUUGUGUUGAAUACUUGGAUUGAAAGAGUUUCUUUGUAGCAGCUCGAAGAUGAUCACCCUGGCUCUGUGAGGAAGCCCACGGCCCUGCUGGCUCAUUUUCCCCACCUUACAGGUGGAUAGAAUAAUCAGGUUUCAAAUGCCCACAAUUACUAAAAUAGAAAACAGGGAAGAAGAGCAGCACAACACUCAGGAGGUGAGGGUGAGUUACCUGGGUGUGGUCUGUGUGACUCCAGAGCUGUCAGGAGCUUCUGAACCAGGGCUCUCUUUGGCUUUUAUUUCACAGCUGAGGGAGAGAAACUUCCUUGUUACAGAAAGGUCAGUCACAAAAACCUGAAGACAAUUUUCUCCUGCUCUUCAGUGCAAAACCAGACUCUGUUCAGACAGUGAGAGGUUAUCUAAUAACACUGUUGAUAAAGACAGUCAAAUAGGACAGACUGUGUAUUGUUGUAAAUAUGUGAAGUAAAUGCUGUCUGAUUUUUCUAAUUUGUUCCUGAAAAAAAUGUAGAAAUCUUGGUGGAACUGCCUGACAUUGAGGUGGGAAAUUAUCUCAAGCAAAGUGUUUAUAAGUAGCAUUUACAGAGCUGAGUAAAUGAGAAAAAUGUGUUUCUGUAAACUCCAGCAGAAAGCACUUUUAGGUAAAUCAGUUCCAAUGCAACAGAAAAGAGGCGACAGCUGAGACCACAGCAAGUAACAGGUACUUUAUAAUGAAAAAUACUAAAUUUGCUUUUUAAAUAAAUCUGGUUUGAAAACAAAGCCCAGCCCAUAAAGAAAUGGCCACAUGCUUUACCUACUAGUCUAAUUCAGCUUUCUAACAACUCUCUGUUGCUUUAUCUGUGAGUACAGUGUGUAGUUAUGACCUGUGCUGUGUAGCCCCCUUCGAGGGGCUGAACCUGCUACCCCUCCAGUACAGCCCCCUGUCCUGAGCAGCAAACUGGGCUUGUUUUGAACAGGUUGCCCGUGCCUCUCUGCUCCAGUGUGGGGAACAGGUGUGCUGUUUUCACUGGGAUUUACCAUCCUGCCAGCUGCAUAUGCAAAACACAUUAUUUGCCUAAUGGUGGCCUUUGUCAGGGAACUGUCCCACCACACCCAGGAACUCCUGUUCAGAGUCUGUGUCUGCCCUCAGGGGCGUUUCCUGCCUGUGUUUUGCUGUGCCAGGGAGUUGAGGAAACACGGGUUGGUGUCACUGAGGGCAUGGUCAGUAGAUGUGCACUGCCCUUGCAUGGCUGACACCAGCCCACAGUAACUGUGCCCAUCAGUAACUCACAUUUCUGCUCUUUGCAGCCUCUCCAGAGCCCUGCCCAGCACAACCACAGCAAGGCACCCGUGCUCCUGGGGCACCUGCAGUCAGGACCCCUGCACAGUCAGGCACAGAUCACUUCAGGACUGGCUGAAGAACAGGAGUUAGUCAAGAAAAGCUGAAGUCCACAGAGGGAUGGCAUCCUGCUCUUCUGAGGGAAAACCACAGAGCUCCAGCUUCCAGACUGGGAUGCUGUACCCAGAGAACCUCUGGAGCUGCCAAAGCCACCAGCACCAUCCAACCUCCUCUGCCGUGUGAACAGAGUAGCCCCAACCUGGAUCCAGCACUGGAAUGUCAAUGUUGGACUCCUGCUGCCAGGGAAAACAGGUGGGUGAGCCCUGGGAAGGGAGGAACCUGCUCACCCCCAGGUCAUCCUGCAAAUGGCACAGCUCCUCCCGGAGAUUCUUGAAAGUGGAAAGCACAAGUCUCAGGGAUUUAUCCGACGUGGCUCUCAUCUAGGAGGGAAAGAAUGAAAUGGAUAAUUGGGAUUAAUUAGCUCUGUUUACAAAAUGAAAUGGAUAAUUGGGAUUCAUUAGCUCUGUCUACAAUAUGCUUGACAAGAGGUAGAACAGAAACUGCUGUACAGCUGAAAAUCAGUUUUAAACUACUGCACAUCCUUUGAAGUGCCCACAAUUUCUACGAGAAACACAUUUUCAUGCACUUUGUCCUGCAAAUGCCAUAGUUUUAAAUUGCUGCCUUGCAACACAGGACAACAUUCUAAAAUGGAAGGAACAAGAGAGUAAGGAACUGCCUUUGUAUACCAAUAAAGGGGAAAAUGAACGUGCUAAUAUUGCACGAUCAUUGUUUGAGCAUUCAAAGCUUUAUGCUUACACUGAUUUAAAAAAAUUACUGCCCUGCCUGAGAAGCCAUGGAAUGAGUCAUGUUUGAGAUCUGGCAAGGCUUUGGGCUCAAGGGUGAGGGAAUUUAAUUAACAUUUUCAAAAAUUUAAAUUAAAAAAGUUCAUACAACCAACUCCUCCCAUUAAAAGGAGAAAGAUCCCAAAGAUGAAAGGAGUCACCUGGAUGAAAGAAAAAGGCAGAAGUGCAUCACAGCCAAGCACUGUUCUCCUUUGGAAUGUUAAUUUUAAUGCCUGUAACAGCUGUCUAUUGAUUCAGGUGAAAACACAAGUUGUUGCAUUUCAUGAUACGUUUCUGGUAUUUUAAAGAAGAAAUAGAGACUUUGAAAGGACACACGAGUAAAUCCUUAAGUUGUGACUCACCUGGAAGGGCUGAAUAUUCUGUGCAAAAGCUGUGUUUUUUACUGCCUGGACAAAAGUGAACCUUCCUGUCUGUUCCCUUGAUUUGUUGCUCAUCCCAGCUGAAGGAUGUGCUCACAGUUCCAUCCAUGUGGGGAUUGGCCCUUGUGUGAUUUUUUUAUCCCCACUGGUGCCAUUGUGUAACUGAGGCUUCAAAAAUCACAUUUCUGGUGUCACUCACCUCUUUGUUUUUUAAUUAAAGCGGAAUUUCAGUUUUGA